GUGGACUGCGACCGAAUGAAGCUCGCGGAGACCGACGACAGCGGGGAACUCAGGGAGUUCGACUUGGCCCCUGGCGAAAAUGGGACGCGCGCGGCCACCCUCGCCGACAGCGCGACGUGGACGUCGGAGAUCACCGGCGCCGGCUUCGCAGCGUGGAAGAACCCGCCCGCGCAUAAGAAGCCGGACGAGGACCUGGCCAGGGCAGACGAGGAGGGCGAGGGCGAGGAGGGGGGGGCGGGCGCGGCCGACGAGGCCGAGGGGCCCGAGGAGGACGACGACGCCGACUAUAUCGCACUCGGCAUGAAGGGCACGCCCCCGACGCCCGCGGCCGCCAAGGCGAAGCCCGCGGCCGCCGAGCUUCCGACGGCGAAGCCCGCGGCCGCCGACCCUGGCAAAUUCGCCGACGAGAAAGGCCGCGCGUUCGACUACAAAACCGAGCAGUUCGACGGCGCGAUGCACUACAAGAAGAGCCACUCCGCGGGGCCCCGCGUGAAGGGCGGCUCGCAGCUCAUCUCCUUUGGGGGGGUGCGCUGCGCGGCCAGCGUGGAAUAUCGAUCGGAAAUCGGCCGCCAG